ACUACGUAAUAUGUGGAUUUUAUUAUAAAGUAAAUGUUUGAAAGAAUACUUUAUAUUGUGACAACAAUAUUGAAAGAAAAAUACAGACCUGUUUGUAACGAAUGAUGUGAAGCAUCAUAUUCUAUUUCAAACUUAUUUGAAUACAUACUACCCAUUACGUAGUGGUAUAUGACACAAAGCUAGGUGCCAUUUAAAACGAAGAAGAGGAAAGAGUUGCUGAGAUUGUUGGGCUGCUUUGUUGUCAGCCUUUCGCCAUGCCAAAGCGACCUAACCCUUGGGGAGACUACGCCCCGCAGCUUAAGACUCAUGUCGGGCAGAAGGAAGUCAAUCUAGGCGUCUGCAAGGAGCAGAAUAUGAAGGCUGUGUACGAGCACACCCAGAAGAUGCUGUUCGAAGGUGCCAGGAAGUGUAACGGUGCCGUGGAGCUGACAGCAGCUGUCACAGAUGUACCUAUGGACCAUCAACAUGAAGACCACCUGUUGGCAGGACAGCUACACCUGGAUAGAUACCUCCAGGUGCCUCAGGUGCAUGCAGGUGCAAAUGGUCAGUCCCAUGGACUCAACGGUCACUCCCAUGGACUCAACGGUCACUCCCAUGGACUCAACGGUCACUCCAAUGGACUCAAUGGUCACCCCAGUGGACUGAAUGGCCACACCAAUGGACUCAAUGGCCAUGGUGGAGCAAAUGGUCACUCCCACCUGAACGGUCACUUCAAAGUCAUGAUAGGGAAAGGGUCUCUCAGCCCAACCUCCUGCCAGGUGUGCAGCCGUCCCAUCCGAGCCCUGUACUGCUGCAGCUUCUGCGACAAGGCCAUGUGUUCCUCCUGCCAGCGCCAGUGCAGCAACUGCUAUGGGGAGUUCUGUCUGCUCUGCUCUGUGGCCAAUUAUGACUCCAGGGAUGAGAGAUCCUUCUGCUUGAGCUGCUCAACCUGAAGUUACAAGAUGCUGUAUUGUCUAUGAUAGGAAAGUGAAAGUAUGAACAAAGAAAAUAGAAACUAUUGUUGGUCAUUCCAGGUGAAAAUGUUCAAAUAUUAAA